AUGGGCUCCGUCACUACCGCUGGAGAGGCUGUGGCGCGGAUUGCCUACCUGGCCAGCGACGUCGUCGUCUCUGUCCAGCCCUCGCUGAAGGAUGACUCCGAGUUCUCCAAGUCGCUGAACUCGCUCUCCUCUGGCCUGGUCUCCCGUAAGCCCGAGAUAUUACCCGUCAGGCACAAUGCCGACCCACUCCUCUCGGUCUUCCAGCCAAUCCGCAGUGGCAAGCUCGUUUCCGUCACCACUUCCUCCUCCGUCCUCGUCCAGUCGAUACCCCACCUCUACAAGUUGGCACAGUACCCCGUUGUCCUGCACGUUUCCCUGCAGCCAGUGGGCUACCCGGACUACUCCGAUAUCACGUCCAUUAGGCAGUGUGGCUUCACUUUCUUGCAGUCGGAGUCGCUGCAGGAGGCGCAGGACAUCGCGCUGUCGGCCCACGCUCUCGCCAUCAAGUCUGGCAAGGGUGUGAUCCACUUUUUCGACUCGUCCGUCGCUUCCAACGCCAAGCCCAUUGCGGAGGAGAACAAGGAUCUCGUGAAACAGGUCCUGGAUCUCGAUGCCGCGAGGCAGUUCCAGGGUACGCGUUCCAGCGAGUUUGGACUGUAUGCGGAUGACGGUCGCGUUGCCACUGUUGCUGUUGCCGGUAGCCAGGUUAACCAGGCGAACGGCACCACCGGUGACACUCUGGCCCUUCCUGAGGACCCCAAUUCGGGCCGCCAGAGCGCCCGUGAGUCAUCAGUUGGUUCUUCGAGGCGUGACAGCAGCGCCGGCAGUGACAAGCCGAGCAGCGUCUCUUCCGCCACUACCGUUGAGUCGGUUACUUCGAAGACCGUUACGUCUGAGGAUAUCUACAAGUACGUUUCCCAGAUCUGGGCGACGAUCAAGGAUGUCACCGGCCGCGAGUAUGAGGCCUUCAAGUACACUGGUCCUCAGAACGCGGAGGCGGCUGCCUUCAUUUUCGGCUCCGACACUGCUUUGUUCGCUGCUGAGCUCGACGAGGCGGCUGCCGAUUACUCGAACCCUGGUGUCAUCACUGUUCGCCUCUACAGGCCCUGGCUCGGCGCUGAGCUUUCCCGCGUCAUCCCCAAGUCCGUCAAGAAGAUUGCGGUUUUGGAGCAGGUUCGCAGGAAGACCACCAAGUGGGGCCCGCUGUUGCUCGAUCUGUUGAUGUCUCUGAAGACGGCUGGCGGUGCUUCGCCCACGGUCGUUGGCCACCAGCUCGGCUUCAUUGAGGAGGCUACCGUGCGCCAGGCUCUGCGUGGUGUUUUCCAGAACCUGUACUCGGAUUCUCCCAUCCAGAACCUCCAGAUCGGCAACAUGGACGGCCCCACCCCGUCUGCCGAGGAACUGAAGCAGCCGGAGCUCGAGAACGCUUACAUGAAGAUCCUUAACCAAACCUUCAAGGAGCGCCUCUACAUCGCCAACCAGCUUGGUGCUGAGAACGCUGGUAUCAGCGCUGAGGUGUCCUCGACCCCCGCCUACGGAUUUGGUUCCCUCAUCUCUCGCCAGGAGCACCGCAAGCGCUUCAUCAACGAGGCCAACGAGGCUGCCAAGGCUGGCGAGUUCAAGAGCGAGGAGACCAAGCAGACUCUGUCCAAGUGGGCUCUGGCCGCAGAGGACUCCAAGAAGGUCGAGGCUGCUGCUGAGGAGGUUAUCUCUAGCCUCACCCAGGAUGGCUCUGAGGCUGCCACCAAGCUGCUGUCGUCCCAGGGUCUUUUCCGCAAGGAGUCUCAGUGGUUGGUCGGUUCCGACGCUUGGUCUUACGACUUGGGUAACUCCGGUGUCCACCACGUUCUUGCCUCCGGCCAAAACGUCAACAUGCUCAUCAUCGACUCAACUCCUUACUCGGAGCGCGCCGCUGCCGACGCUAACAGAAGAAAGAAGGACAUUGGUCUCUAUGCCAUGAACUUCGGCAACGCCUAUGUCGCUUCGACUGCCGUCUACAGCUCCUACACCCAGGUUCUGCAGGCUAUGAUCGAGGCUGACCAAUUCGAGGGUCCCUCCGUCGUCCUUGCCUACCUGCCCUACCACAAGGAGGAUGAGUCUCCCCUGACCGUUCUCCAGGAGACCAAGAAGGCCGUUGACCUCGGCUAUUGGCCCCUGUACCGCUGGGACCCCCAGGGUGAGGAGAAGGGCGAGGAGAACUUCAAGCUUGAUUCCGAAAGAAUCAAGAAGGAGCUUCAGGAGUUCCUGCGCCGCGACAACUACCUGUCGCAGCUCAUGAAGAGGCACCCCCAGUUCUCCGCCAAUCUUGCCCAGUCCUACGGUUCUGAAGUUCGCGAGCUGCAGAAGAGGAAGGCUAAGGACGCUUACAGCAAGUUGCUGGAGGGUCUGCAGGGCGCUCCCCUGACCAUUCUGUUCGCGUCUGACAACGGCAACGCUGAGAACCUUGCCAAGCGUCUUGGCAACAGGGGUAAGGCUAGGGGCCUGAAGACCAUGGUCAUGGCUAUGGACGACUACCCUCUCGAGGACAUUUCCAACGAGGAGAACAUUGUCAUGAUCACCUCCACCGCUGGACAGGGUGAGUUCCCUCAGAACGGCCACAACUUCUGGCAGGCCGUCAAGAACUCCACCGACAUCGACCUCGCCACCGUCAACUUCGGUGUCUUCGGUCUUGGUGACAGCCACUACUGGCCCCGCAAGGAGGACAAGAUCUACUACAACAAGCCUGCCAAGGACUUGCACGCUAGGCUUGUCACCCUGGGCGGUAACGCCAUGACCGACUGCGGCCUCGGUGACGACCAGGACCCCGAUGCGUUCCAGACUGGCUACUCUGAGUGGGAGCCUAAGCUUUGGGCUGCCCUCGGUGUGGACAAGGUCGAGGGCCUUCCUGAGGAGCCCCCACCAUUGACCAACGAGGACAUCAAGAUCCAGUCCAACUUCCUUCGCGGUACGAUCGUUGAGGGUCUGCAGGACACCACCACUGGUGCCAUCUCGGCCAGUGACCAGCAGCUCACCAAGUUCCACGGUACCUACAUGCAGGACGACCGUGACCUGCGCGACGAGCGCAAGGCCCAGGGCCUUGAGCCCGCCUACUCCUUCAUGAUCCGUUGCCGUCUGCCCGGUGGUGUUGCUACCCCCAGGCAGUGGGUCCAGAUGGACGAGAUCAGCGACAGCCUUGGUAACGAGACUAUGAAGUUGACCACUCGCCAGACCUUCCAGUUCCACGGUGUGGUCAAGAGCAAGCUGAAGCCCGCCAUGCAGGCGAUCAACAGGUCUCUUAUGACCACCAUCGCGGCCUGCGGUGAUGUCAACCGUAACGUCAUGUGCUCUUCCCUCCCUGAGCACAACGCCCUGCACCGCGAUGUUCACGCCGUUUCCAAGAGGGUCAGCGACCACCUCUUGCCCUCUACGACUGCCUACCACGAGAUCUGGCUCAAGGACGAGAACGACAACAAGACGCAGGUUGCUGGUGAUGCCGUCGUCGACCACGAGCCGCUCUACGGCCCCACCUACCUGCCCAGGAAGUUCAAGAUCACCAUUGCCAUUCCCCCUCACAACGACACCGACGUCUACGCCCACGACAUUGGUCUCAUUGCUAUCAAGGGCGCUGACGGCAACCUGGAGGGCUUCAACGUCCUUGUUGGUGGUGGUAUGGGUGUCACUCACAACAACAAGAAGACGUACCCUCGCACUGGUUCCAUGCUGGGUUACGUCGCCGCCGCUGACACGCACAUUGUCUGCGAGAAGGUCAUGCUUGUGCAGCGCGACCACGGUGACCGUAAGAACCGUAAGCACGCUCGCCUAAAGUACACCGUCGACGACAUGGGCGUCGACGUCUUCCGCGGCAAGGUUGAGGAGCUCUGGGGCCAGAAGUUCGCCGAGGCCAAGCCUUUCAAGUUCGACAGCAACAUCGACACUUUCGGCUGGCAGAAGGACGAGAACGGCCUUAACCACUUCACUAUGUUCAUCGAGAACGGCCGUAUCGAGGACACUGCCGACUUCCCCAUGAAGACUGGUCUUUGCGAGAUUGCCAAGCUCAACAAGGGCGAGUUCCGUCUCACGGGUAACCAGCACUUGAUCCUGUCGCGCAUCCAGGACGAGGACCUCGACAUGAUCAAGGACAUGCUCAAGAAGUACAAGCUCGACAACACCAACUUCUCGGGCCUGCGCCUGUCGUCGAGCGCCUGUGUCGCCUUCCCGACGUGCGGUCUCGCCAUGGCCGAGUCGGAGCGGUACCUGCCCGUCCUUGUCGGCAAGGUGGAAGCCAUUCUUGAGGAGAACGGCCUGCGCCAGGACAGCAUUGUCAUGCGUAUGACUGGUUGCCCCAACGGUUGCGCGCGCCCGUGGCUCGCCGAGGUGGGCUUCGUCGGCAAGGCGUACGGCGCGUACAACAUGUACCUGGGCGGCGGCUACCACGGCCAGCGCCUGAACAAGCUGUACCGCAGCUCGAUCAAGGAGGACGAGAUCCUGACAAUCAUGAAGGACUUCAUCCAGCGGUACGCCAAGGAGCGCAACGAGGGCGAGCACUUUGGUGACUUUUUGAUUCGUGCUGGUAUCAUCGCCGAGACGACGCACGGCACGAACUUCCACGAGAACACCGGCGAGGACGAAGAAGAGGACGAGUAG